CUGAAAUUUCAAAGAUGGAGCAUAUACACUCGUGCGGAGCGGCAAGGCAAGCAUGGCAUCGGAAGGAGUCGACGGCUGCGCGUUCCUGGGCGACUUGCAGUUCCUCCUCGCGACCGAAGACCAACUGAACGAAGAUUUGUCCCUCCUGUGUGACUUGCUCAGCGAGAACUCGCCGUCGGACCAAACGACCGGCGGGUCGCGUUCCAUGAGCACAAGCGACGCAAUGGAGAAUGCGACUGCAGCAUUGCUCCCUACGAAAAAGAUCGCUCUCACAUGCAUCCCGAUCCAUCACGUUUCGUUCGCUCCAUCCGCCGCAGGCCACGUGGCCAUUGAAUAUCCUGCCACCGGUGCGAGGAACCGGUUUCAGUAUCGUCAGAGGCAAGAGAUUCGACUCCUUCGUCAACAAGUCGACGCGUUAAAGAAGACGUUAGCCGCCACCAUGGCGUACCAUCAUGCUUCAAAUGCGCUACAGCGCCGUUCCGUGUGGAAACAGGCUGCCGACCAGGAACGCCUCGCCUGCAAGCGUGCAAUUGCCGAAAACACACAGCUCCAGCACGCCAUCCGCGAACAAGCUACGUUCAUCGACCGCAUGCAGAAAGUGAUCGUGAAGAAGCCGCGCAUAGCGGCCAUCGCUACCGAGGCGGAGGCAUGGAAAUCGUGCAAGUUGGUCGCCCACCGACCGCUCCGCAUUGCAGCUAUCCAUGCGAUCGCUGACCGCCAGCUCAGCCGCAUGCAGAGUGCGCUAAUUCAAGCGGGUGUGUUCAACGAACUGAACGACAAGUUCUUUGCAAGGGCGCAACCUGUCAACGACAACCAGCUCGUCAUGACGUUUGUCAGCCACGUGCGUAUACCAGCGCCGUACCGAACCGUCGCUGCGUCGUGCUGGCAGGCUUUAGCGGAAGCACAGGACCCAUCUCUGCCGGACGGUGCGUCCGAGGAGUGCGAGAUGGUCGAUCCCAACACCGUGUACCGGCGGUUUACUCAGGUCGUGGACUCGAUUCCCGCGCACUCGAACGUCAUUCGCAAGUACUAUCCCGACGGCCACCAAGACGUCAUUGUGUGGCGAAACGUGCUGGAGGACGCUCUGGCGCCGCACUUGUCGCUCGGGGCCAUCGACAACGAGUGGGGAUGGUACUGCGCCGACUCUACUGCAGGAUGGAACCACAUGCGGUUGUAGGCUCGUGGUGGCGCCGAUCCAAGGCGACCCGAGGACGUGCCGCGUGACGUUUCUGCAUCAAGUUUUUGGCGACCGAAAUCCACGUUCCUGUCCGCCAGGCGCGAUGGCCAUCGACGCAACCAACCAAACCAUCGAAGCGUUUCGAUUCUGUCAACGUCCGGCCGACCCUGGGCGGUUUUCAGGCACCCCUGCAGCCGCCGUGGACGACCCUGACAAGUUUGUGCAAGUUUACAUGAGCAAGGGCAAGCGGUUCGAGCUCGCGCUCUGCGCCGCAGUCGACAACGCGAUUCUCGUCACUCAGAGUCCUCGGUUCCAAGUGCAUUCUACUACGUGAUAAUGACACCCUGUGGUCCCUGACCUUACCGUG